AGCAACUGAAAUAGCGUCAAGAUGGCUGAUACAUUAGUGCUGCGGGCUCUGAAAGGACAGCCUCAAACAUUAAAUCUUUCCAGUAAAAACUUAAGUAAUAUACCAAGGGCAGUUGGAAAGCUUUAUAGACUUCAGAAUUUACAACUUAAAAGCAACAAAAUCGUCAAAUUACCGAAAGAAUUCACUUCUCUGACGACGCUUGUUACACUCAAUCUUGGAAAUAAUUGUUUAGAAGAGAUACCAGAUGAACUUUGUGCAUUACAUUCUUUAGAAGUUCUACAUUUAUUCAACAACAAAAUACAGAACAUUGAGUCCAAGACUUUAGGAAGCUUGAGGCAUCUUAAAUUUUUGAAUCUUAACAACAAUAAAAUCAAAUCUCUUCCAGUUUCCAUGAACAAGUUAAUCAAUCUUGAAUACCUGAGUGUAGAUGGUAACCAACUAACAACCCUCCCUGGGGAAUUGUGUGCUUUAAGUCAUAUGGUUGAGAUCCAUGCCGCUAAUAACCAGCUGACGUCACUUCCGAUGGAACUUGGUUUCCUGGUCAAACUCAAGAAGUUUCACGUCCAGCAGAAUCGGAUCAAGGAAUUACCGGAAGGAAUGGGAAAACUGCGGAAUCUGGAGGUCAUCGAUGUUGCUGCUAAUGAACUGCGUAUCUUCCCAACAGAGUUACACAAACUACCCCUCAAGGAGCUUUAUUGUGAAGAAAACCCGCUGCUAGAUAAGAUUCCAGUACAGUCUAUCCAGGAGGAUGAGGUUUUAACACUCAAGGAACUAACUGCAAGAUAUGUCAUGAAGCAACUAAAGGACAGGCGUAGACUGGUGAAAGUCGGUGGCCAGUUAUUUUAUGAAGAAAACCCAGCGUGGUCUUAUCUCAGACGUGCUAUCAGACAUUACCCUAACGUGCGUGACAUGCUUGCCCAAGCCAGUAAGUGCGCCCUCUGUGGUGAAUCCUUCCUUAAUACCUGGCUGGAGUGUGUGUGCUUCGUAGAUGGCCAUAAGGAUUUGAAGUUGGGUAACUCUCCAGGCAAGAUCCCGAUCCGAGCCCUGCUCUGCUCUUACAAGUGUUUUAACCAACCAGGACAUGGGUUCUACGGUGUUGCAUUCCCUUGAAGAAAAGCAAGAACAUUGGACACUUUGACGUUGAGUGCGAUAUUCAACACGACAAAGAGCAUUGCUCCAAAGAGAGACGUUGCCAUAUUGAAUCCUGCAUGAGGCAUCAGAUCACUGCUGAUGCAUUACUUCUUCAGUGGGCUCACUGAAGAACACUGGGCAGCAUGUACUUUCUCUUGUUGACCCUGUUGAGAGGAUCAUGGACCCUAACACGAUAGGACAUUGUUAAAGGGAAAGCAAGUUAACUAAUUGACUAUGUCUCAACAUCUUCACGCUGCAGACCUUGCAUCUUCAGGCUCCUUGAUUGGUUGCUGCCGAUGGACAGCCGACAAUAUCAUACCAUGGAUACUACUCUCAUCAUCCUACAUGUUUUAUCUAUCUUUCUCUUCCUCUCGUCACCAGAUUCUACCUCAUUAUCUAGUCUUUUCAGCAGGAUGCUACAUAACUUUUUAGAUGCACUUGCCUAGUCGGGCAAGUAAAUUUUUAAAUAGUUGGAAUAUACUUGCCCCA